GCUGACUCCACAAGCCGCAGAGCUGCGCAGCGUCGAGGAACGUGAUGUGCAGAUCUGCGAUCUGUUUGGCGCCUUCACCCAAGCGCAGUGUUUGUGAGAGGAAACAAUGCAUCCUCAUCUGCGCCGCACGAAGGCCAACUAACCGACCCACUAGCCGACUUCUUUUGGGAUUUUUGCAAAUGACGAUGAGCGGCUUCUUUUGUCAAAGGUGUUUCGUUUUGCGCAAGAAGUGAUGCUGCGCAUGCAUGCAAGAGGAAAGGUGGUGUGAAGAAGUCUCCCCCCCCCCAGCCACGAGGAUCCGAUGACAAUAACGCGGCACCACACCAGCACAUGACAGGAGCAUAUUGGCUUUCAGGUGCCUUUUACGCGCAGCCGCCGCGCGCGGUGCAGGAAGAACCGAGAGUAUAUCUGCGGGCGGCCGCGGAGAGAGGGAGAGGGAUGGUGGCGGAGAUGGCGUGCUGCGGGGCGGCAUGUCAGCUGGAGGACGGGGACGGAGAUAUCCCUGCGCCUGAAAACAAAGAUAAUCUGGCAGAAAGUGACAGCAGUAGUUCAGAGAACACAGGAACAUCCGCUGAGGAGAGCUCUGAGGAGGAGGAGGAUGAAGAGGAGGGUGAGGGCUCUGGCUCUGCUGAGAAGGUUGGAGGAGAAGAAGAGACAGAAGAAGCUGAUGCAGAGGAGUCUCAAAAUGAGUCAGUCGCUGGACCGGAGGCGGUGUUUUUAAAUGGGAAAGAUGAGAGGCAAUUCAGAUUAUGCUGUGAAAAAUGCAAAGCCAUCCAGCAGAGCCAUGGAAAUGAGCUUGUUUCACCUUGGAGGACCUCCAAGGGACAAUUACAGGUGCAGCUGGAAGGAGAGGGAACGUACGAGUGUUCGGUCACCGGCCUGGUGUUUGAAGCAUCGGAGCGUGUUCUCGUCAGGUACUCGGUCUUGUCCUGGUCCAAGUACGGCGCUUUCCUCCGGGACUCCUGGAAGUUUGCGGGACCCAUCUUUAACGUGGACACGGUCAACAAGGAUGCGUCUGUCCUCAAGUCCAUCCAGUUCCCUCACUCUGUCUGCCUCUAUGACCCAGAUAAUGAGAUGACUUUCAGCGUCCUACACUUGAAGGACAACCGUCCUGUCAUUGAGCCGACGGUGGAUCACUCGGGUAGUCACGUUAAAUGGAACGUGACGUCCCUCUCGCCCCUGGGUCCCAUCAUCAAGACGAGCCAGCCCGUGGAGCACCACGGAGUCGUCCUGGUCUACAAGCAGCUGGGCAGUGAUGACAACAACUGCAGCUUCCAUAUCUACCUGGCCACCAACAGCUCAUCUGACAUCAAGGAUAUAUGCAAACAAGUGCGGGGCUACAAGAAUCGCUACUUCCGGAUAGAGAAGCCUCCCACAUGUAAACUCGACGAGGGGACGUAUCGUCUCCUGAGCGAACCAGAGGGAGACAUCAAACCUCAGGAUUUGAAAUUCACCCUUGCAGUGACAAAGAUGAAAGGCUACUUUGAAGCUUUCUUUGAGCAGCCUCCUCCAUUUAAAUUGUCUCUUAUAGAGACUGAAUCUGAUGAGACCGUGUGGUCCGCCACCAUCAGAGAAGGUGAUUGUGUGGAUAAAACAGAGAGGAAGCCAAGGAAAAGUGCACUUGGCAGACGGAGGAGCAGCAGCCCCUCAGAAGACGAAACGUUCUGUAAAAGGCCUCGGUGGCAGGAUGAGUCAGAUGGAGUGAAGGCAGUCAUGACUCAUGGACAGGACAUGUCAGAGAAGCAGCUACUGCAGUUGGCCAAGCGGCUCGGGAAGGAGUGGAAGCAGGUGGCCAUCUAUCUGGACUUGAACUCCAGGGACCUGGAUGACAUCCAGGCAGCAGAGAAAGAUGUGACCAUGCAGAAGCUGAAGAUGCUGGUGGAGUGGAAGAGCAGAAGGAUGUCGGGGGAGGCCACGCCGUACCACCUGCUCAAAAGCGUGGAGGAGCUGGAUGACUUGCCGAACGAGGUCCGUCAGAUACUGCAAGAUCUGAUAAACAACCAAGUAGCUAAAUGAGAGGGAUUUGCUUGAAGUGGAUUUCUGGUCCUCUGGCAUCACAAAGGAAAAAAAAAAGAUCUCAGGAAGACAUCAAAGCAGAGUUGACCUCUGGACCAAAAAUCUUUUCCUCAAUUUUUGUUUCUCUUUUGAAUAUUUUCUGGACAUGGAAUUCAAGUGAGGAGUUUUUUUAUUUCUGCAUUUUAUGAAAAGAGCCAUUGUCAUAACUUUGGACAGGCUUUUUUCCCUUAUUCUGUUCAAACGUCUUUGAUUUUGUAAUACAGAAUAGUUGAGCUGUAGCUAAAGGCAUUAUCAAAAUGACCAGUUGAGGUAGAAUUGUAGUUUGUUGAGAUAUUUAGCAGCUAAUUAUGUAGCCAUAGCUGAGCUAAAUGUAGGUGCUGCAGUGUUGAAACUGCAAAAAAUCAGGAAAAAUCCAACCUGUGUAUCUUGUUUCACUUUUAGAUGCUACAUUCCUGGGAGUUUUUAUAAAACGAUUAGGCAUUACAUCACAUGCUCAUGCAUGUGACUGUCAAAAGCCUUAUGGACUGAAUUACUGAACUGUUUUGCGUCUCGUACAUUUUUUGUUUAUUGUGCACAAUAUGUCCUGUACAUAUCUUUUUUUACACCAACUUUUUCAAACCUGUGAUUUAUUUUUUUUAAGUCUGUUCUGUGUAUUCGUGUUGUAUUUGAAAACUCUGAAUCUGUAAAAUAUAAUAUAAGGUCUGUUAUUAUGAAUAUGUUUUUAUAUCUUGAGUUGUGAAACAGUUCCUGCCGUCCUGAGACUGGAGCACUCGGACUCAACAUACCAACAUGCCUAUAUUUCGACUCAUCUUUUCAAGGCUCAUUUAAGAUGUAGAGAUUAGAACUAAAUUUUGAAGAAGAAAAAAACAAACCCUCAAAACUACAAAUAUUUCAGUUAAAGUUUCUCAAUAGUGGUUGAGAAACAUUAGUCAAAGUUCUGUUUUACCAGUUUCCAAACAUCUCAAUAGUAUUUUUGGAAAAGCCACAGAAAUGGCAUUUGUCAUGGUGAAUCCUUUGGAGGAAUGUUUACAGUCAGGGAUCAGGGUUUAACACCAACAUUCCAGUCAGACCCUUUUUGUAUCAGGUCUGUACCGUCCAUCCUUUUGUAAUAAAGGUAUAAAAGCAAA